AUGGGCCCGGUGCCAGCUGCUGGCUCCAGGGGACAGUCCCCGUGCCCCUGGCUGCCCCUGGGUGCUCAGCCCCAGCCAGGCACUCGCCUGGGCGCUGGGGCGGGGCGCCUGCGGCAGGACUCUACCCUGGGGUGCCUCGCUGGAGGGGGGCACAGCAUCAAGGCCUCAGGCCCGCCAGGCCCUGCAGCUGGCUUCACCGGCUCCCCCAGCUCCUAUGGGACGGAGCCUCCAGUCCCAGACCACCUCCCAGACACUAACGGGCCUGCGCAGCCUGGGGAGGGUCGAGGCCCGCCGGGCGCCUCCCUGCUGGCAGCACCUGCAGCCACAGCCCAGGGGAACCUGGGUCCUCAGCUCUCUGCUCUGGGACCCCCUGUCAGCCCCUUCACUGCCCCUGCCCCACUAGGGCAGAGCACGCCAGGCGGACUUAGCUCCUCCAUCGUGCCCGGCGUGGUCCCACGCCAGGGCCUCCGCGUUACUGUCUCUCCUGCUGGGAACGUGCGGGGGCCUGGCUCCGCCGGUCACCGGGGCGGCCCGGCGGUGACCCCCGUGCACACCCCGCGGCCGCCCCUCCUGGGAAGCAGGGGGACGGUCUGGCCGGGUGGAUGGAUCAGCCCCUGCGCCCGGGGCCGAGGGGUGGGGGCUGGCCAGCAGGUGGCGCUGCGGGACCACCUCCAGGCCCGUCUGCCUCGGCCGCAGGGGUCACAGGGAACAGCCCCCUCCCUGCCUCCGAGCCGGACGACCUGCCCAACGUCCAGUCAGGCUCAGGACCAGGGGGCACGUGCGCUCACCCGCUGGGCCCUGCAGGCGGCCAGGAGCCUCGGGGGAGCCAUGAUCAGGCUCCGUGGGCUGGAGCUCAGACCCCUGGGGCUGCGCCCACCACCCUCUGGACCCUGGGGCCCCCGCACCACUCACAGUCCUGGGGCUGCCUUCCACCCAGCCGGCCUUCAUCAGGCUGUCACGCGCCCCAUGGGCGAGCGCUUCUGGAAGCAUGCAGCCACGGUCCCGGCCGCCCACCCUGGCUUUGCUGCAAAAGGGCACGCGUCCUGCAAAGGCCCCGGUGCGCUCCGCACUCUCUGGUCACCUGGCCUGAUCAGCACACGGCUGCUGAUGUGGGGAGGGGGGGUGGUCCGGGUGACUGGGCUGGAGAGGCCCAGUACCCUGAGGGCCCGCGUGUUCGCUCGCGCACACUCAGCUGGGGGUCCCGGGGAGGUCCCUGGGGACCCGCCUGCUAUUCAGGCCUGCCACUCCCGAGAGCUGCACCCACCUGCCCACAAUCAGGCGCCCUCACCUCCUCGCCACUGGUCCCAGGACGGCUUCUCCACCGGCAGCAGGAUGGUGGGAGCCCUGGCAGGCGCCUGCCGCAGCUCCGUGCCCACGUUGGCCCCAGCCUUUCAGCCCCGGCCACACAUCAGCUCUGCCAGCCUCUUCCUGGCCGCCAGCGCUGUGACCGCGUCGCCUACUGGGGGGCGCCAGCCCAUGACACCCCCGCUCCGCACUCUAGAUGGUCGGACCCUGCGCAGCUACGCAGCCUGUCCAGGGCACCAGCGACCGCGGAGACCAGACUGCGGCCAGCGGCGGCGGCGGGAGGGCCUUUCUAGCUCUGCCCCUUAUAACCACGCCCCUCCGCCCCGGCCCCGCCCCUCGGAGCCGGUUCCCAGAGGAGCGGGUCCUCAGCUGACCCCCAGGGAGGAGACCGCUCCUCCCAGCUGUGUGCGGAAAAGCCCUUCCAGAGAGACAGUUCCAAAUGACAUCAUCAGGGCUGGCCCGGCCACUUGCACCAGCCACGCUCCGUCCAGCCCGGCCAUCCUGUCAGCUGAGCCACCGAACGGGCGCCCAGAGGGCUCCCAGCCGGGUCCACGGCUGCGCCCCCCAAGCCCCAGGUUCCCUGGACGCAGUCCGCCGGCCCCGCCCUCCGAGGGCCGGCCAGCGGGCCGCAGUGUCCAAGCCCGGGACGGGGGCGCGUGGGAGCCCCUGGGCAGCUCGGCCCCUAGGGAGAACCCGCGGCUAAGAGGGUGCCAGCUCCCCCUCCGCGCCCCCCACCCUCGCCCAGCCCCGCCGCCGGGGAGGGUUGGCCGCAGCCCCCAGAGCUCCCCCUCGCGGAGCAAGAGGGCCGCCGGGGCGGGGAAGGGCUCGGCCCGCCGGGAAGGGGGCGGCCGUGCUGGGAAGGGGGCGGCGCCGGAAGCGUCCGCCAGGCCCCCCGCGGAAGGGGCACCAGGCCGGGGGUGCGCGCCGGGCGGCGGCGGUGACGCCGGGUUUCGGGGCGGCGCGUGCGCGCUCGGCCGCGACCUUCUCGGAACGCGCUCGGGGCCAGGUGGCCGCGGGCGGGGCGCUCGCGCUGCUUCUGACGUCACGGGGGUUCCCGCAGGAAACGGUCCGCGUGGGACGGGCGGGGGCGGCAGACGCCAGGUCGGUGGGCGGCAGAGCCCGCGUCCGUCGGGCGCCGAGGCCUGCGCCCUGGGUCCUGCGUGUCCUCCGCGCCGGAGCCCGCACAGCUCUCCUUCCGCGGGGAGCAGAGGCGGCCCCGACGGGCCCUCGUGGGACCUGUGA